AAGGCCCGGCGGCAGGAGCAGCUGGUCAGCAAGCGCCUUCUGCGGGAGGACAGCGCUGCGGAGGAUGGACGGGAUGGAGCGGAGACCGUGCCCGACCCGCUCUCGGAGGAUGAGGUCCUUGAGCUGCUCAGAGGCCUGCAGAGAGGUUCAGAUGACAGGAAGAGAUCACUCAGCCGCCUCUGCUGGGCUCUGCAGAACAAGGAGACUCAGCAGAACUUUGUCAGGCUGGGCGGCAGCAUCCGGACACUCAUUGGGCUCUUCACCAGCAACCUGGCUGACAUGCAGAUGGAGGCAGCCCGCUGUCUCCACGAGCUCUCCCACUCCAGUGACCCUGCUGUGGCUGAGGCAUGUCUGCCCGUGACCUCCUAUCUUCUCACCUACCUCUCAGGACACAGCAUUGAGUUCACGGAGCUGUGUUUGUACACGCUGGGGAACCUGGUAGUAGAAAGCGAAGCUGUGAGGAAGCGGCUUCUGCCUCAGGGCAUCAUUCCAGUGCUGGCAUCCUGCAUCCAGUCCCCGCACGAGGCUGUGCUGGAAGGUCUGGGCUACGUCCUCUCGCAGCUCCUCCAAGCCAAGGAGGCCCCCACAGAGAUCGUACCCUUGGUCCUGGACUCUGCUCUCCCCCAGCACAUGCUCCGACUGGUUUGCUCAGGCUCGUCUGGGGUGGGAGCAGCUGUGGAGUUUGCAUGGUGUCUCCACUACCUCGUUUCGCUGCUUUCGCUGGGCGCCUUGCCCUCCCUGGCCUCGCUCCUGCUCCGCCUGGCCUCCGAAGCCCCCCCGGAUGCUGCUGAGGGCCUGGAGCUGUGCGAGGGCCAGGUCCGGGAUGAGCGCCUGCUCGCCGCCCUGUUCCUCAUCCUGCAGCACUUCCUCCAGCUCCCGUUCAUCGUCCACGAGAGUCUCUGGCUGCUGAACAACCUCACGGCAGCUGAGCCCUUCUUCUGCUCCGCUCUGCUCUCCCUGGACUUGCUGCCGGCCCUGCUGCAGCUCCUGCCCUGUUCCCAGACGGCCGGGGUGUUGGUCCUGACAGUUCUGUGCAACGUGGCGGCACAGGGCCCGGCCUCCUGCCAGCG